AUGCCAGCGCAAGGCAGUGAACAAAGCUUUGCCGGUGUCUCAUCAUGGCUGUCGCAAGAUCCGGAUUCCGAGACCUUUAUAUUUAGAAAAUUCAACGACUUGAGCGCUCGCAACAUACUAUACCUACAAUGCGAACUAUUAGACCUCGAGGAAAAGCUUCGGCGUAUCGACCAACGAGUCUGGCCAAAUGGUCCUAUUGAGUUGAAAGAUGCCGCGAGGACAUGGGAAGAGCUCGUGGACCAAGCCAAAGACUCGGACUCGACGGCCAGUGAGAUGAUGACGGCAGUGACCGAGGUGAGGAAGAAGCUGAAAGAGUAUCGUGAGUAA